AAAUGGAAGAAAAUUAAACAUAAAUUGCAUUUGAUUAUGUAGCCUUUUUCAAAAACCUACCGCAUAAUUACCCUUAUGAAUGCAUGGGAUUUAUACUUUUCCUCUUUUACAUCUUUAUGUACAUCACAGGAAGCACAACCAAUAAAAAAUUAGCAUUAAAGUUUGCAUCAACAACCUAUGACUUCUUUAAAACCAACUUCACAUCUGUUGGAAUCACAAACAAAGAAAAUGGACCACUCCUGUAAUCAAUAUCAAGUAAUUCCUUUGGGUAAACAAUCACAUAUAUAUUUCUUAGAUUUAUGGCUUAAGGAAGAAACAAUUUAAAUUGUUUAGCAGUCACUAUUGAUCUAAAGAAAAGAUAAGAUCUUUUGUCAAUGCUAUUCUUUUCAUUCAUCUGGCCUGAAAGAGACACCAUCACUAUUGAUAUCCCUAUAGCAGCUACACCAUAACCCAUUUGUUUUGCUUUGGUCAAAAAAAGAGAUGCUAAAUCAUACAAAGAAGCCAAUAUAGAUCUUAAAUAUCUUUGUGAAAAGUUGUCCAUUGAUAAAAUUGAUGACAAGUAAUUCAAUACUUUAUAUUUAGUUUAACACUUGUCACCCUUGGUGAAGGCAAAGAACCUUUGACGACUAUUUUUGAUUCCAAAUUAUGUCAAGCCUUAAGGAAAUAUGACAAAUACAUUCAAAAUAUUCAUUUCACUGAUUAAAAAACACUCUUAGCUAAGUAUUAAUCCUCUUAAUCCAUCUUUUAGUCCAUAUCAUCUUAGAGCUACCUUAAUAAAUAUUGAAUCGCUUGAAGAUUACACAGAAUUCAUAUAAUUGAUUCUUUAAAUUGUUGAUAAGAUUGCUAACUUCAAAUUGUCAUAAUCUGCUCGAUAGUAAAAUGAAGAAGAAAGAGCUAAAUUUGAAGAGAUCAAAUCUAAGGAUGAAAAAUAAAAGAAAAUUGAAGUAUUUGAUUUCUUUAACCCAUUUUAGGAAGCCUAAAAAAAGAAGACAGAAAAAUUACAAAAGGAAAAAUAGAAGUUAUUGUCUUUACCUAGAGAACAAUAAAUCAAGUUGUAAGAAAAAGAGAAGAGAGAUGAAAUCAAAAAAAAAUAUGCAAAAAGAACAAUGUAUAUGUGAGAUAUUAAA